GACAGAGCUUAUCAACGAUACCCAACGCGGAAGCAUUCUGGCCGGUCUGUCGGCGCCCUGCAAUUGAGAAUUGAGCGUAAAUUUCGAAGACGUCGGGCGUCUGUUGACGCCACUGACCCUAUGCCAGCGCCACCAAGGGUAUAUAUCGGUAUGAAGGGGCCCGUCCCUCCGCAUCUUCUGCGGGUAUGGCGCUUCCAAUGCUCUAUCUGAAUUUGCUGUUCGCCGGAGCGCUCUUCCUUGCAUAUUGGUCCCUCUCUCGGAGAAAGGGGUCACGGCUACCGCCAGGGCCGAGGGGUGUUCCACUGUUGGGAAAUGUGCUACAGCUUCCUCCCGACGAUCAGCACAAGACGUUCGCAAAGUGGAGGACUCACUAUGGAGACAAUAUUUUCAUUCGGUUCUUCGGCAAGCCUGCGCUCGUCUUGAACUCGCUCGAGGGAGCAAAUGAGUUGAUGGAAAAAAGGGGCGCGAAAUAUUCUAACCGGCCACGUUUCGUGUUCCUGCAAGAAUUAGUCGGAGCGGAUCCUGUCUUGCCUUUGCUUCCAUAUAAUGAGCAAUGGCGCCGCCACCGGAAGUGGUUCCAAUGGGUGCUGCAAGACAAGGACAUGCUGCAAAGUUACCGACCGAUACAGAUGAGGGAAGCGCAUCGGCUCCUGGAACAACUCAUCAAACGACCCGAUGACUUCGUAAUGCAUCUCAAGAGAUUCGUCGGCGCAUUGUCCAUGGAGAUUUCUUAUGGACAUACCGCACGGUCAUUGCAAGAUGAUGAAUUCAUCGAGCUUGCCGACCGCGCUGUGACCGACGCUGUUGACGGAGGUGGUCCGGCUGCGACGCUGGUGGACUUCUUCCCUUUCUUGCGGCGGGUUCCCAUAUUCAGGAACAAGGCCCUUCAGAUGAGAAGACUGAUGAGAGACACAAUCGAGAUUCCAUAUAACGCAGUGAAGGAAGAGCUGGCCCAAGGAACUGCGAAACAGUGCUUUGCAACGGCUCUCUUGGAAGAGGAGUCAAAUGGAAAGACUCUGACAGCAGAGGAUGAGUACAAUAUCAUGGGUGCUGCAGGAGCAUUUUAUAUAGCUGCGGCGGGCACGACUGGAACGGUGCUCACGACAUUUGUUCUCGCCAUGGUACUCCACCCAGAGGUUCGCAGGAAGGCACAGGCCGAGAUCGACCGAGUCAUUGGCGCCACACGAUUACCAGAGCUCGAGGAUAGAAAGUCGCUGCCAUACGUCGAAUGCGUGCUAAGCGAAGUGUAUCGCUGGAAUCCUCCCGCCCCGCUCGGGUUGCCACAUGAGCUUACUGAAGAUGAUGAAUAUCAGGGCUACAGCAUUUCUGCAGGAACGAUGAUAAUCCCGAACAUCUGGUCCGUAUCCACGGUCGCAUACCAGCGUGUACGCGUAUUUGACGUUUGCAGGUGCAUGACACGAGAUGAAAGUGUGUAUCCGGAUCCAGAAGCAUUCCGCCCAGAACGCUUUGAGAAGAUGGAUGCCAGCGAGUACGAUUCCCGAGAUCCUCGCAGGAUAGUGUUUGGAUUCGGUCGUCGGUUGUGUCCGGCGCGUCAGUUCGCCGAUUCCAAUGUGUGGCUAGCGAUCGCAAGCAUGCUGGCGGCUUUUGAUUUCGACAGGGCCCACGAUGCGAAUGGAUGGGAGAUUACUCCCCAAGCUUCGUUUGCUUCUGGGGGAAUCAGUUAUCCGAAGCCGUUCCGUUGUGAGAUCCAACCGCGAUCGCAGAAGGUGGUGAACCUCGUUGCGCAAAUGAACGUCGGCGGCAUGGACCUAUAGUACAUCCCUGCCUGCCUUCUAAUAUAGUCGAAUGUAUGCUGU